AGCCAAUUCUUUCCUUAUAAACUCUCGCACACAAAACACACUCCCCAAUCUCCCUCUCUCUCUCGAUCCUUCUUCAGUUUUUGCAAUUCAUAUACUUCAUCUGAACGAAGGAAGGAUUGUUGUAGUGUUAUAAUGGCAAGUGGAGCUGCUCCGGCUACUCUUAUGAGUUUAAAAGGGAACAGGGAUAUCGGUUUAGGAUUCACGAAAACUUCCGAUUUUGUUAAAGUUUCUGACCUUAAGAGGGUUAAGUUUCAUAGAACAAAGAUAUCUGUGAUCAAAAAUUCUGGACCUGGUUCAGAUGUUGCUGAAUUUCGCCCUGCCUCCGAAGGGAGUCCUCUUUUAGUUCCUGUACAGAAGUAUUGUGAAUCUACAUAUAAGACCAUCAGGAGGAAAACCCGAACAGUAAUGGUUGGAGAUGUACCUCUUGGUAGUGAUCACCCCAUUAGAAUUCAAACAAUGACCACAACUGAUACUAAAGACGUGACCGCAACUGUUGAACAGGUCAUGGAAAUAGCUGAUAGAGGAGCUGAUUUUGUUCGGAUAACUGUCCAAGGGAAAAGAGAGGCAGAUGCAUGUUUUGACAUUAAGAACACCCUUGUUCAAAAGAAUUAUAACAUACCUCUGGUGGCGGACAUUCAUUUUGCUCCUUCAGUUGCACUGCGGGUUGCUGAAUGCUUUGAUAAAAUUCGCGUGAACCCCGGAAAUUUUGCUGAUCGACGCGCUCAGUUUGAGAAGCUGGAGUAUACAGAGGAUGACUAUCAACAGGAACUUGAGCAUAUUGAGAAGGUUUUUACCCCGUUGGUUGAGAAAUGCAAGAAAUAUGGAAGGGCAAUGCGUAUAGGAACAAACCACGGGAGUCUUUCAGAUCGUAUCAUGAGCUACUAUGGUGAUUCUCCUAGAGGGAUGGUUGAAUCUGCAUUUGAGUUUGCAAGAAUCUGUAGGAAGUUAGACUUUCACAAUUUUGUGUUCUCAAUGAAAGCAAGUAACCCAGUGAUUAUGGUUCAAGCAUACCGCCUUCUUGUAGCCGAAAUGUAUGUUCAGGGAUGGGACUAUCCAUUGCACUUGGGAGUUACCGAAGCUGGUGAGGGUGAGGAUGGACGCAUGAAAUCUGCCAUUGGCAUCGGCACACUUCUUCAGGAUGGUCUGGGUGAUACUAUCAGGGUUUCCCUUACAGAACCUCCAGAGGAAGAAAUAGACCCUUGUAGGAAAUUGGCCAAUCUUGGUAUGAAAGCAUCCCAAAUUCAACAAGGGGUGGCACCAUUUGAAGAGAAGCAUAGACGUUAUUUUGAUUUUCAACGAAGAACUGGUGACUUGCCUGUGCAGAAGGAGGGUGAAGAGGUUGAUUAUAGAGGUGUACUCCACCGUGAUGGCUCCGUUUUCAUGUCUGUUACCCUGGAUCAACUCAAGACACCUGAACUCUUCUAUAGGUCAUUAGCAACAAAACUUGUUCUUGGGAUGCCAUUUAAGGAUCUUGCAACCGUAGAUUCUAUCUUAUUGAGGGAACUUCCACCAGCUGAAGAUAAAGAUGCUCGUCUUGCUCUUAAAAGGUUGAUCGAUGUAAGUAUGGGUGUUAUAACUCCUUUAUCAGAACAGUUGACAAAGCCUUUGCCACAUGCAAUCGCCUUGGUAAAUCUGAAGGAACUAUCAACUGGAGCUCAUAAGCUUUUACAAGAAGGCACACGUUUGGCCGUUUCGGUACGUGGUGAUGAGUCCUAUGAGGAGCUAGAGAUUUUGAAGAGUGUUGACGCAACAAUGAUUCUUCAUGAAGUGCCAUAUACAGAGGAACAAACUGGCAGAGUACAUGCUGCUCGGAGGCUUUUUGAGUAUCUCUCAGAAAAUUCUCUCAAUUUCCCUGUUCUACACCACAUACAGUUCCCAAAGGGAAUUCCCAGGGAUGAUUUGGUUAUUAGUGCGGGUGCGAAUGCUGGUGCUCUUUUAGUUGAUGGACUUGGGGAUGGUAUUUUAUUAGAAGCUACUGAUCAAGACUUUGAGUUUCUCAGGAAUACAUCUUUCAAUUUGCUACAAGGAUGCAGGAUGCGGAACACCAAAACAGAAUAUGUCUCGUGCCCAUCUUGUGGUAGAACUCUAUUUGAUCUUCAAGUGAUAAGUGCUGAAAUCAGGGAAAAAACAUUACACUUGCCUGGUGUUUCGAUUGCAAUUAUGGGUUGCAUUGUUAACGGACCAGGGGAGAUGGCUGAUGCUGACUUUGGAUAUGUCGGUGGUGCUCCUGGAAAGAUUGAUCUUUACGUUGGAAAGACGGUGGUAAAACGAGGAAUUGCAAUGGAACAAGCAACUGAUGCCUUGAUCCAACUAAUUAAAGACCACGGACGCUGGGUUGAACCUCCUGUUGAAGAAUAGGAUGAGUACAUUCCGUGAGUAUUAAAUAAAAGGUUUCGGAGAUGGAUAUUAUUGUUAAAAUGUUGGUUGUAUCAGUUACAUGGAAACAUAGGCGGUCCUAGAACAUUAAGGUGACGUUAGUGUCGCCGUCAUUGGAGAUGAACAAGGAAAAUGAUACGAAUCAAGCUAGAAAGAGAAGAUUAGCCUAAUGGGUCAAGGGUUUUUAGGGCCGGAUAUUAAUUUCAGUUAUUAAUAUUAUUAUUAUUACUUAUUAUUAGUGUGACUUGAUGAACAAGUUAGGUUUUAUAUUAUUUAAAUAAGGCCAUUAGGCCGUGAAUUUGAAGAUUA